AUGGUGGUGGACCUGUGCCUCAGGGUGCAACAAGAGGUGCGAGACGCGGCUGAGGAGGACUACGCCUUUAGAGAAAAGCUGGGCGCGCUGCUGGAGCGACUGGGAAGGCGGCUGCCGGAAGAGGCGCAAGCUAACUUGGGCAAGCUCGGCAAGGAGGAGGGCGUUUGCAAGCAAAUGGUUUCGAUAUCGUGA